AGACAGCCGGACCCAGUCAUUCGGUCACGACGCGCGAGCACGGCAUGUCGUCGGUACGUCGCGUGCACGGGACACCCGCAGUUGUAGCGAUCGUGGUUUUUCGGUUAUCGUGUUUGUGUGAUAUUUGUAAUAACAAGUGAUUAUAAAUGUUAACGUAGUGCGGGUUUUGUCGUAAAAUUGAUAUUUAAUUAUUCGAUUUUAAUAUCGGCUGCAUUACAGUGUUUCGUUCCACAGACGGUCGUCGGCUGCAGUUUCGCGGUAUAUUUUCGUUUCAGUGUCUGGAUGCAGCGUCAAGCGUCAACUACCGAUCUGAGUAAACGUCUAGACGUGGCGUCAUAACUUCGUGCUGUUCCGCUGUUUGACGCUGCAGGCAGAGAAGAUGUAUUUCAUUCUAACCGCCAAAAGUCUACUGUGGGUCACUUUGAGCAUAGUGUCCACCAUUACUCUAUUCACGGCAAUUUACUCGCCGAAAUGGCUCAUCGGACCUACUGAUUACAACUGUCUAUCGAGCAAAUUGCUGUCCGCUGAAACGAACAACACCGUGGACUCACCGUACUAUGAAGUUCGCUGCCGUCCGUCUGUGGGCAUUUACUACCGGUGUAAGAAAAUCAACGGUAACCAGCACUGUGGUUCUUUCGCCGUCGAAGGACUGUCUACGGAUUCGGCGAUGUUCCCGUUUGUAUGGAAGAUUGGCUUGGUGUUGAUGUCUGCUGGCGUUUUCGUUAGCUUUUUAAUGUCUGCCUUGGCCGUAGUUAGCUUCUGCAAACAAUCGAUAAGCAAGAAAAGCGUAUUUGGGAUAGCUGGUUCCGGACAAGGACUCGCCGUUUUACUUUAUUUGAUCGGUGUAAUUUGUUUCGCCGCUGGUUGGGGUUCGGAACGCGUUGUGAUGCUGUGCGGAACUCAAUCCGUGCCUUUUGUUUCUGCGGAUUGUACGAAUGGAUCAGGUUUGUACACUGCAGCUUUUGGUAUUGUUCUCACUUUCGCCACUGCCAUGUUGUCGGGGCCAGCGGACCGAGCAACGUCUAGCGAUAAAGUAGCACUUCAACUUGAACAAGGAGAAAAUAUUGUCUUUUUACUAUAAUGUUAUUUUAUAAAUGUUUAUUUCGUACUUCGUGCACAUGUACAUAAAAAAUUUUAAUUAUAAUAGGUAAAUUAUAUUGUUAUAAUUAAAUUUACUUAAUGCUUUUGUUACUUCAAAACUUAUAAAUUGUGUAAACGAUAAAUAUUUAUAAGCGAUUUUGUAUUUUUAUUUUUUCAUAUUUAUAAAAAUAAUUGUAUACUCAUUUUUAAUGUGCUUUAUUAAUAUUUUUAUUUAAUCUAAUCGUGUCACUUUAUUAUUUUAUACAAUUUCUUGUAGCUUAGUAGGUAGGUAUGUCGUCAUUUAGUUAGAUAGGAAUUCGAAGUUCUACCCAUGUUGGAUCUAUUCUAAGUGUAUACGGACUAUCGUCUCAAAAUUCUACAGUUGCUAACAAUCGCAUUAUAUUUUGGUAUUGUUCAUUAUUUAUUUCAAAUAAUAUUAAUUUACUACACUAUCGUAAUAGGUAUUUAACUAUGAUUGGCAAGGUGAUUUUUUUGAAUACAUGAAAUUCAUUGUUUUUAAAUCUUAGUAAUUUACUUAGUACUAGAGCACUAGGCAGUUCUUGAAAAUAUAUAUUUAUUUGACCUGAAAAUUAAAAAAUAAUGUUUUACUAUUUUUCAUCAUAUUUUUUUUAGCGACUUAUAGAAAUGACAUUACAUAUUUUUAAUUUCAUAUUUGUAGAAUUUUUUUUUUUUAAAUAUUAAUCGAAUUUCUAAUGUGUUAUUUAUAAGUUAUUAAAUUAACAAAUAUUUAAAGUUUUGAUGAGCGAAAUAAGAGUUUUAUAAGGGUCGAUAAAUACGCAAGAAAAUAUCUAAAUUUUAAUAAAUAAUAACAAAUUGAUUACUGGUUGUUAAGUCGAUUCUAAUACAUCUAGAAUUUAGAAAUAUACCGAAGAAUAUUCUUAAAAAAAAACAAUAAUUUUCUGAUUUUCAUAAUUUAUAAAACUAAAUAAAAACAGUAAAACUAAUAUUUUUUAAAUAAUUUAAAAUUAUGUCAAAUUUUUCAAAAAUAAGUUUAAAAAUAAAAAUGCAAAUAAUAUAUAUAUUUAAUAUGGUCAUUCAGAAAAACUAGCUUCAUAGUCAUAGAUGGGAUGUAAGAAAUAAGUAGUAAAACAGGUCUCAUACCUACAUCAUUAUCAUUAUCUUGAAAAAAUAUAGAAAUUGAAAUUAUAAUAAUUACAGGCGAUAUUUUUGUACAUAUAGAAUAAAUGUGUAAAUGUGUAAUAUAUAAUAUUAUUUAUA